CGCCAGACACACCCAGUCCAGGCAGUAAAACGAUCCCUGCUCUGCCCCCAAGCUCUUUCUAACGGAUAAAAGGAGAGGAAGUGCCAGCCCGCAGGUUCAGAGGGACUCUUCUCUCUUUAACUCCUCCGAGCCUCACUUGCUGUUUCCUCCCACCCCGUACAUUUCCCCCCCUUCUCUCUUCGAAAUAAGGAAAAAAUUCUGCUUGAAUAGGCCAUGUCGAAAUUUGGUUACAGCUCCCGCUCAGCGGCUGGGUCCGGCGGGUUCACCCAGGUCAGAGUCAGCUCUGUCUCGUCGUCUCGUGGAAUUGGAGGGGGCGGCAGUUUCAGCAAGCCGGGGGGCUUUGGCAGCUCCAGCCUCUAUAACUUGGGUUCUGGCGUCCGGAGGAUUGCCCCCGCCAGCUCCUACAGUGUCCAGUCUUCCUACGGUGGCCUUGGUUCCAGCAGACAUGGAGGGAUGUUUGCUGGAGGGUUUUCACCUGCAGGGAUUCAAGAGGUCACCAUCAACCAGAACCUCUUGUCCCCCCUCAACCUGGAAAUCGACCCCACCAUCCAGAAGGUGCGCAAGGAGGAGAAGGAACAGAUCAAGACCCUCAACAACAAGUUUGCAACCUUCAUCGAUAAGGUCCGAUUCCUUGAGCAGCAAAACAAGAUGUUGGAGACCAAGUGGAACCUCCUGCAGGAGCAGAAGACCACGCGGAGCAACAUCCCUUCCUUCUUUGAAGCAUACAUCAGCAACCUGCGGAGGCAGCUGGAUACCCUGGUGAAUGACAAGGGACGCCUGGAGGGAGAGCUGAAGAACAUGCAGGAUCUUGUCGAGGAUUUCAAGAACAAAUACGAAGAUGAAAUCAACAAGCGCACAACAGCAGAAAACGACUUUGUUGUGCUCAAGAAGGAUGUUGAUGCAUCCUACAUGAACAAGGUGGAGUUGGAGGCCAGGGUGGAUGGAAUGACUGAUGAGAUAAACUUCCUGAGGGCACUCUAUGAAAAUGAACUGCGUGAGCUGCAGAACCAGAUCUCGGAUACUUCUGUGGUGCUUCAGAUGGACAACAACCGAAACCUGGACUUGGAUAGCAUCAUUGCUGAAGUCAAAGCUCAAUAUGAGGAGAUUGCCAAUAAGAGUAGGCUUGAGGCAGAAAGUUGGUAUCAAAGCAAGUAUGAAGCCCUGCAAGCCAGCGCUGGGAAGCAUGGUGAUGACCUGCGGAGCACAAAGAACGAGAUUGCUGAGAUUAACCGCAUAAUCCUGAGACUGCAGGCUGAGAUUGAUAAUGUGAAAAAUCAGCGUGCUAAGCUCGAUGCUGCCAUUGCUGAGGCAGAGGAACGCGGGGAGAUGGCUAUCAAAGAUGCCAGGGCCAAACAAGCAGAGCUGGAGGCUGCUCUCAACAAAGCCAAACAAGAGAUGGCCCGCCAGCUGAGGGAGUACCAGGAGCUGAUGAACGUCAAGCUGGCCCUGGAUAUUGAGAUUGCCACCUACAGGAAGCUGCUGGAAGGAGAGGAGAGCCGCCUGGCUGGUGAUGGAGUUGGUUCUAUGAGCAUGACUGUGCUCAACUCCAGUUCUGGUGGCUCCUAUGGCAGCGGAGGUGGCUAUGGCUACGGAGGAGGAAUCGGCUUUGGGAGUGGAAUGGGCAGCGGCGGAGGCCUCAGUUUCUCUUCUGGAGGUGGCUCAGGUGCCGUGAAAUCAACAUACAGCGUGACAACAAGCUCAUCCAGAAGAAGUGUCAGAAACUAAGCUGAGAAAACCAAGGUCAUCACUGCCUGAACACAUCUCCAUCCCUUUCCCCCUUUCCCCAGAACAGAGGUAGAUAAAGUAAAGAAGAGACAGGGAAUAUGAGAUCAUUAUCACCCCAGAACCAAGCUGGCUGCAAAAUCCAGCAGUCAUGAAUGAAAUGAUGAUGCCACGUUCUGCAAGUGCAUUCUCCCUCCUCCCACAUCAACAGCCUAAAUCAGGGAUGGGGAACCUCCAGCCAGAUUUGGCCCAUGAGGUCCUUUCCCCCAAACCAUGUCCACCUGCCCUACGUCAGACAUCAUAUGUGAUGUCAGGUUUGGCGCAGGUCAGCUGCUCAUGAUGUCAGGUUUGGCUGGCUCAGCUGCUCAUGCAGCCUGUCCUUGCAGAAAGCAGGAUUGAACUCCCCGUAACUCUCUUGGACACCUGAACCCUGCAUGAAGCAGGACUGAAUUGGCCGCUCAUCAGCUGAUGUGCGGGGAGUUCAAUCCUGCUCUGUUGCUAUCUUACCCCCAGUUCCACGGAUGAACUUUGACAGGGAACACCCACCUGUCAAAGUUGGCCUGCAGGAUGGUGGGAGAUAAAGAUCUGGCCUGUUGAACCAAAAUGGUUCUCCAGUCCUCUAGGUGUUGUGGACUACAUUUCCCAUCAGCCCCAGCAAGUAUAGCCAAAGAAUUCUAGAGAGUUCCCCAUUCCUGCACUUUUGAAACAGGUAUACUUAUAGUGCACUGUCUGUUAUGGGGUGACUCCACAGGUUCCCCAUCUCUUGCUUAAAUUGUGGUGCUGCUCCCAUUGAGAUCAAGGGGAGUUUCGCUGUUAGUUUAACUGAGAGCAAAGUAUAAUUGGAAAAUGAAAUUCCAAACUAUCCAGGCAAUUUCCAUGUCCUCUGUUUUGGAUGCAGAAAUAGAUUACCACCCCCUCCCAAUUUUCUUGGGGGGGUGGGGGGGAUGUGGAAGUCACAAAAAAUAAAAUUCUUCUCCGAAUGA